AUGGGAGGGCGAGAGGUGUCAGGCCAGAAGAGAGUUUUUUUGGUGACUGAGUGCAGCUUCCAGAAGGUGGACACGACGCCACAAGCGUUUCGGGCUUCUAUAAUAGGCAUGAAGCGUUUUUCUCCAGGUGGACGGUCGGAUUGUGGCCUUGGGCUUAGAUUCCAUGAGGGACGUUGGAUUUUGUUUUGUUCUUUUCUUUGUCUCCGUGAUUGGAGAAGAAAGGUAACAUCCAUGGGGAGGGAUUUGACUGAUAUGCCCUCGUCUUUCGUGAGCUGGGAGCUUGGAAAAUGA